AUGGCAAAGACUUGUAGAAGUCUCGAGUGUGCUAUUUGUUGUGAUAAAACAGACAAUAUAUUGAAUAUGACAACUCAAUGUGCUCAUGAACCAUCUACUUGUCAAGGUUGUAUUAAUAAAUAUGUGAAUAUUCAAUUAACUCAAAAAAGCACAUUGAUCAAAUGUCUUGUUGAUGAAUGUGAUAAUACGAUGGAGUAUCAAGAUGUUAAACGUGUUGUUUCUCGAGAACUUUUUCAAAAAUUUGAUGACGUGUGUUUAAGACUUGCUCUUCAAUCCGAUCCUGGUUUUCGCUGGUGUCAAGGUUUAACUUGUCAGGAAUAUGAUAUUAAAAUUGGUAAGGUUGAUACAGAAUCCCGCAUUUACCUAGAAAAAAACACUAAGCCUUGCCCAAAAUGUGGAAUUCAUAUUCAAAAAAUUGAUGGGUGCGAUCACGUAAAAUGUAAAAUUGAGAGUUGUCUUAUGGAAUUUUGUUGGUUAUGCUUAGGAGACUGGAAAAAAAGUGAACAUUUAAGAACUUGUGCGUUAUACGAAGGGGUUGAAUUUGUUGUAUCUGAUUCAUCUGAAGAUGAAAAUGAAUCCUAUGGUGAUGAUGAUAUUUCCACAUUAGAUUCAGAAGAACAAGAAGAUACUGAAUCAUCUGAAGCGUUGCUACGAGAGUAUUUUGGUGAUACAUCUGAGGAUGAACAUGUUAUCACGACCGAUGAAACUAAUCCUUUAGAUGGUUUUACUUCUGAUUCAUCCGAUGAAACCAAUCCUUUAGAUGGUUUUGCUUCUGAUUCAUCCGAUGAAACUAAUCCUUUAGAUGGUUUUGCUUCUGGUUCAUCCGAUGAAGAACAAUCAACAUCUGAUGAAAACGAUACAACUGAAGGAUCGGCAUUAUCAUUUGAAGAAUCAACAUCAUCCGAACAAUCGGUUUCACUUGAAGAAUCGACAUCCGAAAAGUCAACUUCAUCUGAAGAAUCGACAUCAUCUGAAGAAGAAACAUGUUCAAUGAAUCACUCUACUCCUGAAGAUUCUUAUGAUUUUUAUAAUUUAUCCGAUUAA